GAGUAAGGUAUUUUACCGGCAAAUACGCAUUACUACGAAGAUACUAGUUUUAAACCGGGUUUAACGUCACUGGAAUGUUUUAUUUUCGUUGACGGACGUAGUUUUUUUGAAAAAUAGAUCAACCGCACCCAGCAUUAAAAAGCAGCAGCACUCUGUUAGCUGUUACACAUUUCGAGUAAAUGCUUCAGAAUGUUCUGGACAUGAAAGACUGACCGAGCAGGUGGGAGUGAAGUUCAGUUGUUGGGUCUUUUUGUUUCAUUCGGUUAGUAGGGUUGAGUAGCUUGUAGAGACAUGGCGAGCAGCAGCAGCAGUGUGGACAUGGAUCCAGAUGUUGCUCGGAGGCUGUUUGAGGAAGGAGCGACCCUGGUGCUGCUGGGCGUCCCUCAGGGCACAGAGUUUGGCAUAGACUGCAAGAGUUGGCAGGUGGGUCCUCGCUUCAGGGGUGUUAAGAUGAUCCCUCCAGGCCUGCACUUCCUGAACUACUGCUCUGUUAACGCACCAAGCUGCGGAGGAGAAAUUGGCCCCAAGACAGGCCACUUCCUCACUCUCAAACCCAGGGAGAUCUUACUGGGUAACUGGGAUCCUAAAGAGGAAGCUCUGGACUUCUCAGCCUCCAAGAAUGAGGAGGAGGUGAGCCGUAUCCGGGCGACCCUGCGAGAGCUGGAUCCUUACCUGGGCCCCUAUCCCUACGAGGUGAUGAGGAAGUGGGUGUCCCUCACUGACCGUCUCAGUGAAGAGAUGGCCAAUAACCUCCAGCCUCUUUCGGGUCGAAUAUGUGCCUUCGCCGACGUCGUUCCUGAGGUUGAGUUCAGACACACCAAGGACAGGGCAGAGCAGCCAAGGAAUGACACAGCCUGUCAGAGCAUGAGAGAGGGACUGGACAGGCUCCCCAGGAUGAAACAGAGGGAGGGAACAGAGGUGCGUUUCUCUGUCAUCCCCGAGAAGACCUACCCUCCUGGGGCGACUCCGGCCGAGAUCACCAAGUGCAGCAUGGACCUGAGCUAUGCCCUGGAGACUGUGCUGGAGAAAAACCACAAGCAGCAGCCCCUCAACCUGCUAGGUGAGCUGCAGUUUGCCUUUGUUUGUUUCCUGAUUGGAAACGUGUACGAGGGCUUUGAGCACUGGAAGAGCCUGCUGACUCUGUUGUGUCGCUCAGAGGAGGCCAUGCGGAAGCAUAAAGAACUCUAUCUGGGGCUGAUCGCUGUGCUGUACCACCAGCUCGGAGAAAUACCUCCCGACUUCUUUGUUGACAUCGUGUCACAGAACAACUUCCUGACCUCCACACUGCAGGACUUUUUCCAGUUUGCCAGUGGACCCAGUGUCGACGGCACCCUGCGUAAGAGAGCAGAGAAGUUCAAAGCCCACCUGACAAAGAAGUUCCGCUGGGAUUUCGAUGCAGACUUGGACGACUGUGCACCUGUGGUGGUAGAGCUGCCUGAAGGUGUAACAGUGGACUGAAACUGCUCCGCUGUGGAUUCAGUGUACAACGCAGGGACACAGAAGGGGAGCUGUGGAGUACUUACUGCUGGGCACAAAGAUUCUCAGAAAACUUGAGGAAACUUGAGCUGCAGUCGUCCAAAUGACCUAGUUUCACUAACACCAGUAACGCUCUAGAAGAGAGGGGUGACGUUGCUCCAUGUGGGUGGUCGAGUACAAUACACAUUUUUUGCCUGUUAUAAAGAAAGCACGUAACUUAUAAAUCUGAAGUGUUACAGCCAUGGCAGAGCUGCAGUGUAGUAGAGGACAGUGGUGCCCUCUGGUGGUGAUAUUUUUAAGUUUAACUCGUGCCAUCUUUAAAAUCGAUCCCCUUGUGCUUUUAAUCUCAGUUUAAUUUGAAAACUUCAAUGGUAGCAGCUUUGACCAAUGCCAGAUACAAACCUGUUAUCUCCUACCAUAUAGUUAUGUCAUUUCAUGCUGUCAACAACAACUAAUAUUAUAAAAAGUCUACAUAAGACGUGCAGGGUUUAGUGAGGGGAAACUAAAGGUGUAGAGUUUUGGAAACUAAAAUUUUAUAACUAAUAAAGUCACUAAAUAUUGUCAUAUGUUGUUAACGUUCUGCUUUGUAAUAAGAAACUGGUUGAAAUAUCAACUAAACAUCCUGCCAAAACUUUUACUUUUCUGUGAAUUUUAAUAGAAACAGCACAUCUGAAUCAAAGUCGUCGUACAA